AUGAGUCUGUCUACGCAUCUUGUUCGCCGUGGCGUUGAAGUCGCCCACCGUGGUAUCGUCGCAGCCACAACUGGGCUGGACCAGCCAUCCGGAGGCGACACUCCUAGAAUUUCACCUCUGGCGGGCUUGAUCUUUGUCCUCUCUAGUUUGGUUUUCAUUGCCCUUCUAUUCUCUGUCGGUUAUACCUACGGCCACUUGCUGCCCAUCCUAUGUAUGGUUGAGAGCCCGGAAACCGAAGCCUACGUCCCCGUCGGCACUAUAGAACCAACCGACCCUCCCGCAUACUCUACAACCCCUGCGCCCAAGCCCACGCAGAGACAACAGGAUGGCCUCGAAGACGACACGGACGGCGAUGCUGAAAUUCUCCUCGUGCGCAACAAGCCUUUCACGGCCUCGAUUCGCCAGACAAUUUCGCACCUCCGAGCCCGGGCUGGCUACUGGUCUCGAUUCCGUGGCCUGUCCAUGUUCAUUGCCUGGGGCCUACUCGGUGGUUUCAUUGUCUCCAUCAUCGCCACUAUCUUUCCCAACCGGCUAGGAGUCGCGUUUGCCGCCAUUGUUGCCGAAACUGCCCUUGCUACCUGGCAUAUGGCCUGGGUACAUAUUGUCAUCUCUGAGCCCAGCCAGAAGAGAUGGUACAAGCGCAUUCCUUCUCUUCGCACCUGGCCCAAAAUAGCCCCGGCUGUCGCCUUGUGGGCAACUACCCACCAGGUCGUAGCGAUUCUCCCCAUGUUGGUUUGUGGUUCGUUUGGGUCGCUCAAGCAUAUGGACAAUCCCGACUACAAGCCAGGUCGCAAAGACCUCUAUGCUGUGGGUGGCCAGGGAAUUCUAGGAUUUUCUCUCAUGGUCGCUCUAUUCGUGCUCCUCCAGAUUCCCGCCACCGUCACCUUGGUCCGAGUCGCAGCGUCAAUGCUCCCGGAGGAGGAUGAAACCAUCGUCCCAUUUGACCGCACGUUUGGCGGGAAGACUACUCCCGCUAUCAUUGGUGGACAAGGCAAGAUCGGCUUGGUCGAGGCAUGGAGAAGUUUCCCCUGGGAGAGUCGAAUGCGGUUGCUGAGGUUGAUGGCCAAGGUGACCCUCAUCUUCCUCGCUUGCUGGCUCCUCUUCACGAUUGUUCUGGUCGCUGAAGCUCACAUCCUGUUUGGGGACAAACUGGGCGAGGUGAUGAGGACGGUACACGGGAUCACACGUGCUCAUCAGUGA